AUAAUUGAAACCAUGCUGAAGGUUGCAUUUCUUCUAGGAUGCCUCCUGAGCCUCGUUGUGGCUCAAUCUAUGAAGGAGGACCAGCAGGUAGCCCAGCGAGUUGAUCGCUCUAGCUCUCGUGAGUUCCGCUGGUACCCCAACAGGUUCAACCCAUAUACGCAGAUCCUUUGGAACCUCCUCAUUCAACGACUUACUAGUACAACAGCUACAACCACAACUACCACUCCAACUACAACCACRACURCACCUACKACUACAACUACCACUCCAACUACAACCACAACUACACCAACAACUACAUCAACUACUAAAGCUACUACUUAACCAUGAAGUAAAAUCUGAAGCACUUCCAAAAAUCUUGACUUUGUUUAUGUACUAAAUAAAUAA